AUGUUGAUAACUGGAGGUAAUUGUGCCAAUGUUACCCAUGUUGGAAAUUUAUAUGAGCACAUAUUUAAUAACUACAACCGGAAACUCCUACCUCUCGUGGACUAUUCGGACACCGUAAACAUUCAGAUGUCCGUCUCAAUAAUAAGCCUCAACAACUUUGACGAAAUGUCAGGCGAGCUAGAUCUGACUAUGAUGUUUUUCGCAACUUGGGAAGAGACUCGUAUCUCCUGGACUUCUGCAGAUUACGGCGGGGCAACAUCCCUUCUAGUCGCACCGGAAGAUCUGUGGCGUCCACAGUUGUUUCUUGUCCAAUCGUUCGGCUCUCUGCAGGAUGUUGGUAAUAACUCCAUCAUGCCGAGGGUGUACGCAAAUGGAACGGUGUUUUGGAAGCCGGGCAUGGUGAUAAAAGUUUCAUGCACUGUUGAUGUGACGUAUUUUCCGUUUGACACUCAGACAUGUGCCCUAACGCUUUCAGGAUGGUCCUACGACGCCGAAGAAGUGCUGUUGCAGGCAAAUCGGAAUGAACUAGACAGGACUCACUAUAGCGAUAACACUCAAUGGGAUUUGUAUCAAACUAAUGUCACUAGUUUAAUAUACGGGAACGAGAUCCCAUCUGCUCUUUUAAUCAUGCUUAAACUAAAAAGACGGGACCAGUUCUAUGUUAUAUACAUUAUCAUUCCACUUGUCGUUUUGGGUCUUAUAAACCACAUUGUGUUUGCUAUGCCGGUAGCGUCAGGUGAACGCAUGUCGGUGGCCAUAACGACGUUUCUGUCAUUUAUCGUUUACCUGGGGAUGAUUAAUGAAAACGUACCACCGAGUUCGUCACCAAUGGCCUAUCUGUACUUCUACGUCAUGUUUCUGCUUGUGUACAGCUCAAUGACGAUGUUCCUGUGCCUCCUCUCAAUGAUAAUUCACGACAAACAAGGCCCAGUACCGGAAACGCUAAAAACGAUCGUCAUUUACUUACGCUUCUGGUGUUGCCGAAAAUCACGUCGGACGGAUAUAAGGCUGAGGAAAGUCUCCCCUGAUGAGCACAAUGCAAAUGUUAAAAGCAUUCCUGUAUUUUCCGAGACCGAGAGUCUACCGGAUGUUAUGUCUACUGCCACAGAUAACGUCCCAGCCGUAACGUGGACGGUAGUUGGGGACACGUAUGAUCGCUGGGUGUCCAUUGCACUAUCCAUGAUAUUCAUAAUCAUCACAGUCGUCAUUUUUGUGAGACUAUUUUUAAAUACCGGACUUUGA